AUGUCAAAUACAAUACGGCGACCCUCACCAAAGGUGGAGCCUCCCUUUUCAGAACAGUUCCUCCCCGUCCCAUGUCUUCAUGGCUUUUUGCUUAGUUCUUGCAAUAAAGUGUUCAAAUAUAUCUUUUCAUUGACAUUGUGUUUGACAUUUGUGACACAAUGCUUAUUUGAAUACAAAACGACAACAUUCAAUUGCACAUCAUCAUUCAAAUCAAUUGGACCCAGAGUAGAGUGCUUCGCUAAAUCGUAUAGCCGAAAAAAUACACAAAUUAACAUAUCUUUCGAUAUAACCAGAAAACUGUAUGAUGUAAAAGGACAUUUUGAAAUUAAACAUCGAACUUUGACUCCAUAUUAUAGGGUCAUAAUUAAUAACACUUUAGAUUUUUGUGGAUUCUUAAAUGGAACAGAUAAGAACGUUCUUACAAAGUGGAUGAUUUCGACUGUUUCUAAAACAGUUGGGAAAAGAAUUGUACAUCCUUGUCCUUACUUUGGUCCAAUCAGAAUUGUGAACAUGACAGCGGAAAAUGAAAUGUCUGCACAGUUCAUCAAAGGAUAUUAUAAAAUGACGUUUAUAAUGUUUGAUGAUAUAGAUAAUAACAUUAUUACGACAAUUCACGAAACUGAACUAAAAUAG